AUGCCUCCAAAGGGUAAGAAAGUUGCUGCCGCCCCCUUCCCUCAGGGUAAGGCUGGUGCCAAGAAGACCAAGAACCCCCUCUUCGAGUCUCGCAGCCGCAACUUCGGUAUCGGUCAGGAUGUCCAGCCCAAGCGCAACCUUUCCCGCUUCGUCAAGUGGCCCGAAUACGUCCGUCUUCAGCGCCAGAAGAAGAUCUUGAACAUGCGUCUCAAGGUCCCUCCUGCGAUUGCCCAGUUCUCCAACACCCUCGACCGCAACACUGCUGCCCAGACCUUCAAGCUCCUCAACAAGUACCGCCCUGAGUCCAAGGCUGAGAAGAAGGAGCGUCUCCUCAAGGAGGCCACCGCCGUUGCUGAGGGCAAGAAGAAGGAGGAUGUCUCCAAGAAGCCCUACGCCGUCAAGUAUGGUCUCAACCACGUUGUUGGUCUCGUUGAGAACAAGAAGGCCUCUCUCGUCCUUAUUGCUCACGACGUCGACCCCAUUGAGUUGGUUGUCUUCCUCCCCGCUCUCUGCCGCAAGAUGGGUGUUCCUUACGCCAUCAUCAAGGGCAAGGCUCGUCUCGGAACAGUCGUCCACAAGAAGACUGCCGCCGUUGUCGCUUUGACUGAGGUCCGCUCUGAGGACAACUCCGAGUUCUCCAAGCUCGUCUCCGCCAUCAAGGAGGGUUACUCUGACAAGUACGAGGAGAACCGUCGUCACUGGGGUGGUGGUAUCAUGGGUGCCAAGGCCAACGAUCGCCAGGAGAAGAAGCGCAAGGCUAUUGAGUCUGCCAUCAAGAUCUAA